CGUCUCCCCUCCACUGCUUCUCCCCCUCGACGGAGGACGGACAAUCACAGAAAACGAAACACAGGCAUCCAUGGAGGUGGUGGGAGGGGUAUCGCUGAGGCCGGCGCGGCUCCGGCACCUGACGCCCGGGGAGGCCGGCGCGGGGUCCUUCCUGCCGCGGAGGCUGCAGCUGGCACGGACCGCCGCGAGGCCAGCGAGGCGCGCGCUGGUGGUGGAGGCCCGCGGGGGCAGGGGCUGGUCGGACCGGCAGUCCCAGCAGCAGCGGCGCAUGCCGCAGCUCCCCAAGAUCGAGGACGACGGCAACCCCCGCUUCGUCAUCUUCAUCCGCACCGCCAAUGUGUACUUCUGGUACCCGCUCAACAUCGUCACCGGCGGCACCACCGCCAAGAUCAUGCUCGCCGCCAAGGACAACUUCCUCGGCAAGUACAUCUACAAGGACACGCUCGCCCGGAACCUCGCCACUGUCAUUUACAAAGACGAGGACGACAUAAUCGACUUGGCGAAGGAGCAGUUCCGCGUGCUCAAGGGCGAAACCGAGUUCCGGUACGGCUACAAGAUCGUGGAGAAGGGAAACCUGAGGUCUGCACUGGCGACAAGCAACGUGCUCGAGCUCCCAAAGAAAGAAGAGCUCAAAAGUGUCGUUGACAAGGUGAGGGACUUCUUUGGUGAGGUAACCUCCGGUGCCAAAGAAUCCUUUGCGCAGAUAACAGGAUCUGCCAGCGCAGCAGAGGCCGAAGCAGAAGCAAAAGCAGAAGACGAGAGGCCCCGCUCCAAGAGACGAGGAAGCAAGAGGAAAGGGAAGCAGCAGAAGCCCAAGCAAGGGUUCAAGCCCGAGAGCUGAUUGGAAGCGUGGAUCCAGUGGACCGCCGGGUGUAGUUUUCCCAGAGCUGCUCUGUAGCACACCUGAGGCUUUUUGAGUUUUGCAGCACACAAUGUGUAACCUCCCUGUGGGUAACAACAAACUUUGUUCAUUUCUCACAGAAUAUAUAUGAUGUUAGGCAGCCCCGCAAAAUAUUAGAAAUGAGCCAAUUGAUGUACUUACAGAACGGCGAAGAUCACAGCUGUAUAUUGAAUUUCAAUUCUUUGCAAGAGUUAACAGUUGUUGUA